GCUCUUUAGGCUGCUCCCAUCCCCAUCCCUUGAGCAGCGCAUCCCUUCCCGGUGGAAUGAUCGGCCCAUCCGACGAGGAAAAUGAGAAUCAGCGUCGUCCUGCACACCUAUCCUGAUCAUUUCUUAAUAGGACUAUCUUUACUCAAGAAUUUACGUGAACAAUGCUAGCCAGAAAACAAAGCGUUCGGGGGGAGCCAAUUCUCGCGGACUAUGGACCUGAUGAAAGCCUUAAUGAAAAUGCUGAUAUCGAGUGGGUUAACAAGGUGUGGGUGCGUCGAGUACUUCGUCUGUGUGCCCUCCUGUCCCUGGUUUCCGUCAGUCUCAACACAACACGAACAUUUGAAAAGCACCCUCCUCUUAUGGCCGUCACCUUUGCCUGGGACAUCUUUGCCACUCUGCUUUUCACCGCAGAGAUGAUUGCCAAGAUGCACAUCCGGGGACUGAUCACAGGGGAAACACCAUAUUUGAAAGACCGGUGGUGUCAGUUUGAUGCCACCAUGGUGUUUUUUCUUUGGAUAUCAGUUAUUCUUCAGGUUUUCGAAAUCACAGAGGUGGUUCCCAAGUUCUCCUACCUGUCCAUUUUGAGAGCUCCCCGACCUCUUAUCAUGAUCCGCUUCAUUCGAGUCUUCCUCAAGUUUUCCAUGCCAAAAUCCAGGAUCAACCAAAUAUUCAAACGAUCAAGCCAACAGAUCUACAAUGUGACCCUGUUCUUCCUGUUCUUUAUGUCUCUGUACGGUCUGUUGGGUGUUCAGUUUUUUGGCGAGAUGAGCAGCCACUGUGUUAGAAAUGGAACGAUUGCCGAGAAGGUCACGCUAAAUGACCUUGCAGUGCCAGACGCCUACUGUUCAAUGGACAAGGAGUCUGGGUAUGAGUGUCCUCAGGGAAUGGUGUGCAUGGAUCUGAAUCUUCCAAAGAGCAUUUCUGGGUUCAAUGGCUUCGACGAUUUCGCCCACAGCUUCUUCACGGUAUACCAGGCCGCAUCCCCGGAAGGGUGGGCCAUCCUCAUGUACCAAGCCAUGGACAGUCUUCCAGCGUGGAGAGCCACUUUCUACUUCACCACCAUGAUUUUCUUCCUGGCAUGGCUGGUCAAAAAUGUAUUUAUUGCUGUCAUCACCGAAACGUUCAACGAGAUUCGAGUGCAAUUCCAACAGAUGUGGGGGGAGAGAGUUCAAAUACAAACUGAAUCGACACCUCAGGUGUUGCGGGGGGACGACUCGGGCUGGAAGUUGGUGACUGUGGACGAGAGUAAAGGACGGGGCAAGGCACCACGAUGCCUCCAGGUGGUCAUCCACUCGGCCGCAUUCCAAGUCAUCGUCAUGAUGGUCAACGUGGCCAACGCUUUCGUCGCCGCCAGCAUCUCUUUUGUCCACGACGAACGACCACGAGAGGACUUCUUCAAGACCUACUACUUCGCAGAGAUUGGAUUUACAAUAUUCUUUGAUCUAGAAGUGUUGCUGAAAAUCUGGUGUCUCGGCUUCAAUGGCUACAUCAAACGCUCGCUGCACAAGUUGGAAUUUAUUUUGGCCAUUGGAACUACCUUGCACCUUAUUCCAGAUUUUUUCACUUCUGAGCUGACAUAUUUCCAGGUGUUGAGAAUCGUCCGACUAAUAAAAGCAUCACCAGUACUUGAAGACUUUGUUUACAAGAUUUUUGGCCCGGGAAAGAAACUGGGCAGUUUGAUUAUAUUUACCAUGUGUCUGUUGCUGAUCACAUCCAGCAUUAGUAUGCAGCUGUUCUGCUGCCUCUCGGACUUUAUGAAGUUUGAAUCAUUUCCGGAGGCGUUCAUGUCCAUGUUCCAAAUUCUUACGCAAGAGGGUUGGGUCGAAGUGAUGAACGAAACCAUGCUUCGCACCAGCAAGACAAUUGGACCUUUGGUUGCCAUCUACUUCAUUCUUUACCACCUGUUUGUUUCUUUGAUUGUGCUCAGUCUUUUCGUUGCCGUCAUUCUCGACAACCUGGAGUUGGACGAAGACAUAAAAAAAUUGAAACAGUUGAAGGCGAGAGAACAAAGUGCGGGAAUCACCGAAGGCUUGCCGAUAAGACUCCGCUUUUUCGAGCGGUUUGCCGACAGUCCACAAAUGACACGACUCCAUAGAGCACCCUCGGAGUUUGGUGUGCCCAAGGUUCGGGAGAGCUUUAUGCGUCAAUUUGCUGAAGAACUGCCAGAAGAGUGCCCAGACAUGAAGAAGGCUGACAUGCCCGAAAGCCUCGUGACGUACCGCAAGAAGCCGCCCAUCCAUCUGCUCUCGUCGCCCAGCAAAGUUCGCAACGCAGCCAGUCUCCUCAAGAAGGUCAGCGUCACAAGCAUUGUCGUUGACUCCAACAAUCAACGUUUACUGGACGGGGAAUCGGGACCUGUUCCAAUGGCGGUCAAAGGUCAAAAACAGACCCAGAAGCAACCCAUGAGAUUGGAUCGUAGGUUUUCCCGAUCUAGGAGCAUGCGGAGGUCCGUUCGUGGCUCGGUGAAGAUGAAGCAGACCUACGACCACCUCAAGGAAAAUGGAGACAUGGGAUCUGUCAAUGCCGCCACUUCAGGGAGGAGCCUGCACGACUUUGACAUCAAGAUGCUUCAGCAGAAGCGUCAGCAGGCUGAAAUGAAGAGGAAUCAGAGGGAGGAAGACCUUCGGGAGAACCACCCAUACUUUGACACCCCCCUGUUUGUGGUCGGCCGGGAGAGCAAGUUCCGCAAGAUCUGCCAGACGAUUGUUUAUGCUCGCUACGACCCUCGCUUUAGAGACCCCAUCACUGGACAAGAACGCAAGAUCAAGUACAAGUCCAUGCACAACCUCCUUGGACUCGUCACAUACCUGGACUGGAUGAUGAUCUUUGUCACCACACUGUCCUGUGUAUCCAUGAUGAUGGAAACCCCGACUCAACGGGUCAUGAACACACCGAUGCUUCAGAUUGCAGAAUACGUCUUUGUGGUGGCGAUGAGCAUCGAACUGACUUUGAAGACCCUCGCCGACGGUUUGUUCUUCACACCCAAGGCUCUGAUCAAGGAUGUUGGAGGCAUUGGGGAUGUCUUCAUAUACAUCGUGAGCCUCGUAUUCCUGUGCUGGAUGCCGACAAAGGUGCCGCCUCAGUCAAGCACUCAGCUGCUGAUGCUGCUGCGCUGUGUGCGGCCCCUGAGGAUUUUCAGUCUCGUGCCCCACAUGCGCAAGGUGGUCUGUGAGCUCUGCAGGGGCUUCAAGGAAAUACUUCUGGUCUCCAUUCUGUUGAUUGUCCUGAUGUUUGUGUUUGCCUGCUAUGGCGUUCAUUUGUUUGGGGGAAGGUUGGCACGUUGUAACGAUCCGGAAAUCAAGUCUAGGAGGGAAUGUGUUGGAUUUUUUAUGCGCAAGGUCUUUGUUACCAAAAUGAAGCUCCAGCCUGCAGAAAACGACACCUACCCUGUAAUUCUGGUGCCUCGUGUUUGGGCAAACCCUCGCAGGUUCAACUUUGACAGUAUUGGCAAUGCAAUGCUAGCACUCUUUGAAGUGCUUUCAUUCAAGGGCUGGCUUGACAUUCGUGAUGUCCUGCUACACAGGCUGGGGCCCGUACAUGCCAUUUACAUCCACAUCUUCGUCUUCUUGGGAUGCAUGAUCGGACUCACACUCUUCGUCGGAGUGGUCAUUGCAAACUACAGUGAGAACAAGGGCACCGCCCUCUUGACGGUGGACCAGAGGCGUUGGUGUGACCUGAAGAAACGCUUAAAGAUAGCACAACCGUUGCACCUGCCUCCAAGGCCUGACCACCACAAAUUCAGAGCCUUCAUCUAUGACAUCACCCAGAACAUCUUCUUCAAGAGGGCCAUUGCCAUGCUUGUCAUGGCAAACAGCAGCCUUCUUUGCGUCAGCUGGAAAUCGGAUGAACCUCAUACGAUCCCGCUUGCGACAGUUUCUGCCGGAUUUACGAUUUUGUUUACCAUUGAAGUUACCAUGAAGAACAUUGCGUUUACACCGAGGGGAUACUGGCAAAGCAGGAGAAAUAGAUAUGAUCUGUUCGUCACAUUUCUCGGUGUCAUCUGGGUGAUCAUGCACUUUAUGAUGAUGAAUGACUUCAGCAACUCUUUCGGUUUUGUUGUCGUUAUAUUGCGUUUCUUCACCAUUACCGGUAAACAUGCCACCUUGAAGAUGUUAAUGCUGACUGUGGUGGUUUCAGUGUACAAAAGCUUUUUCAUCAUCAUGGGCAUGUUUCUUCUCAUAUUUUUUUAUGCUCUUACUGGAGUCAUUCUUUUCGGGAAUGUGAAGUUUGGAGAACACAUCGGGAGACAAGCAAACUUUAAGACAGCUCCAAACGGGAUAGCCAUGCUGUUCAGGAUUGUUACUGGCGAAGACUGGAACAAAAUCAUGCACGACUGCAUGGUUAGUCCUCCGUAUUGCACACUGGCUGAAAGUUACUGGGAAACAGACUGUGGAAACUUCACUGGGAGUCUCAUCUUCUUCUGCUCCUUUUAUGUCAUCAUUACCUACAUCGUUUUGAACCUACUUGUAGCCAUCAUUAUGGAGAACUUCUCCUUGUUUUACUCCAACGAAGAAGAUGCACUUCUCAGCUACGCAGACAUACGGAACUUCCAGAACACCUGGAACAUGGUUGAUAUACAGCAGAGGGGGCUGAUCCCAAUAAGACGCGUGAAAUUUGUCUUAAGGCUUCUUAAGGGUCGUCUCGAAGUGGAUCCAGAAAAAGACAAGCUACUUUUCAAACACAUGUGCUACGAAAUGGAGCGGCUUCACAAUGGAGAGGAUGUGACAUUUCACGAUGUGCUCAACAUGUUGUCAUAUAGGUCGGUGGACAUUCGAAAAGCCUUGCAGCUGGAAGAGUUGCUAGCUCGUGAAGAACUGGAAUACCUCAUCGAAGAAGAAGUUGCCAAGCAGACCAUUCGCGAAUGGCUAGACAAGUGCCUCCGCAGAAUCAAAGCACAACGCUUCCAGCAGAAGGAGCAGAACAGCCUGAUCAACAGCCUGCGUGCCACCAACGAGGCUCUUCUGCAAGGGGUGGACCUGACCCCCAACAAACCAUCCACUUCCGAGGUCAAGGACGAAGGGAAGGAGGAAACCUCCUCCUCGCUACGGCUGCGCAAGAAAGGGCUGGGCGGACGCUCCGACAGCAUUUCCUCACAGGGAGGAAGAAAAUUUCUCAUACCUUCCCUCUCAGAAGGAGCCACCAGAGUCGAGAAGGAAAGAUACCAGAUGAAGAAGUGGGCUUCGCGUCCAGUUGGCACCAAGGGCCUGCCAGACGUGAGUGAGGGCAGCGAGCUGUCGUCGCCCACGCCUGACGACGAGGAGAACGGUGGCGGCGGCGGCGGCUACAAGGCCCUCAGGAUGGGCUCUCUCGUCGGAGAAGUCCACGAGUGGUGGGGCUCCCAGCUGGAGCUCUCCAGCGCUUCUGACUCGGACAACUGACCCCGCACGGCCCCAGCGCGAUCGUGAGAAAGCACCACCCUCCGCGCCCUGCGGGGGGGUGUCGGCGGAAGAACCCAGUUCCGGUAACUUGGGGCAGAGGUGCUGCAGUAAGCCCAAGUUUCGCGCACUCACAUUUGCUUACGACCGAGUUCUUGUGAUCUCUUAGUCGAAAGAACACUAUACUCCGUUUCACGAUAACUUGGUGAACUGUGGAGGCUACGGCCCCCGUGACCCAGUGAGAGCGUCAGAGGAAGGCACGUGACAACACGUCACGGGAGCGUUUGUGUCACUGCGCCAAAUGCGAGGCCUGGAGGAAUUGAAGCAAGGUUUGCCAGUUAGUAACAGUUAAACAUGAUGAAAUACAACCUCCGUAAACACGGAUGACGAACAAGAAACGAACGCGACAGGACAAUGGCAGUUGUCAUACCGUCAUGUUCGUCGUCCGUGUUUACCGAGGCUGUAUUUCAUCAUGUUUAGCCUGAAGGAACCGGCUGUCGUCUGCUGGUCAAGAGUUGUCUGCUGUGAAACCAACCAACUUCGAAUGAAUGUCCACAUUGCCGUCCGCUAGAGCAGCAAGCUCGUUGAGAAGAGUUCAUGAGGCAACCAUACGAUCAAUCUAACGUUUCAAGUGGAAGCGGUCGAUUACAGGGCUGCUGUCGUUCAAACAUUGUUCAAAAGCCACGUUGCUCUCGGAAAAGGGUUUAUUCGAAUUAAGUAUUGUUGAAAAGUGACAUGUUUUUGUCUUUCUUUCGUGUUGUGUAGUGUCGAUAGAGAUGCCGUUGUGCGAGUUCAAUUGCCUCUAAAAGAAAAACAAGCCUAGAACUACUAUUUGUCAUGGAUGGCGCUCUUGCUACGGUGGCCUCGACCAUGGGGUGUUAUCACAUGCCUUGCUCCGACUCCCUUAUUAGAUCGCAGGGGCUGCAGCCUCCACACUUUGCCAAGUUAUAAUGAAAUGGAGUACAGAGAGCCUAGAUUUAAGAGAGGGAGCAACUAAAACCAUAGGGAGCGUAUGAAAUUUAAUGGAGGACGCCUCCUGCGCCAAUCGGUUGCAAGCGUUGCGUUGUUGCAUGGCAAGGAGGAAAGUGGAUGGAGAUGCUCCACCUCCUUGCAGCUCGCAUUGUAAACAUGGCCUUUAAAAUAUGCGACCUCGGUCGAGCGGUUGGAAACACUUUGUACUUUAGGCGCACUAGAGGCACACUGGCACCGUCAAUGAGGCGGCCCUGGAACUGUAUUUCUCUGGAACAAGGUUUCCAAGUAUAUUUGCGAGAUCAAAUGCACAUGCUACGUAUGGCAAAUGGUAGUUUGGAACAUUUCGAAAGAGUUUUCAAGCUAAUAAAAAUAGAAUAUUCUGAAAAAAAGUACAGGAGGACACUUAAGCUUCGCCUUUAAGAGUGGAACGCGAUAGGUAAGCACAUAAACCUCUGCUCGUCCCCGAGCUGUGUAAGCAUGUCUGCGUGGCCCAGUCAGUAGCAUGUCUGGCUCGCAACCGAAGGGUCCUGGGUUUGAAUCCCACCUCUGCCUAAAACUCUUCAAAUGUUUUCUUUAAGGCAAAUUAAUUACUUUUUAAAGGGAAAUCAUUUGAGCAUGCGGCGGCCUUUAAUUCGCAUUACAUGUCAUGUUUUAAUCAUUUUCAUUCCAUGCGCGAUGUCACGUUUCCUAUGAGCAUUGUUUGAAAUUCCCAUGCGAGGUCAUGUGGCUGUGACGUCAUGACCCUAUCGACCAAUCCUGGAUUUUCCUGUCUCAAAGCCACUGAUGCCGGCUUUUUAGUGACACAAGCUUCUUAAAGCUAUCACUUUAAUAAAAAAAGAAAAAUAUAUGGAAGCCGUUAACGUGCCGCAACUACCCGAUAGAUUGCACUAGUCUGUUGUCUCGUCACAAGAGAUCACAAGAGGUUUUAAAGCACUCGGUUGUGAGCAAUCGCAAAUGUGGGAACCAGCAUUCAGGAUUGCUCGUUCAAGACCGAGAAAGACGGCCGCAUUCAAAAUUCGCCUUUUCCGCUCGAGGCGCGUUCUGCGUACCAAAUUGAAAUUCUAGGUACCGCAGUUACAGUCUGGUUCCGCAACCGGAUGGUGCAAACAAACCACGAAGUGGUCAAAGCUGGUAGAUUGAAUUUGAAAAGGAACGUCCCAGAAGCCUCGAAGCAGCCGUUGACGUUUCACCGGGACUUGGCUACUUCGGAGCACGUUUCUCAGCAAACUGUUAGCUGCCACUCCGAGGCCACUCCUUUUUAACUGGGUGGUAACUUUCUUUGCACCUAUAGUUGCCUUGACCUUAAAGAUUCAGGAACUAUAGACUGUGAAUAGGCAUUCUUGGGCAUUGUAACAAGAAGUACGGCUCUUGCGAAAAUUUCUGUGCAAUCAAGGCGAUAUUUAAGGUUAGGCAUUUGCACCAUGUUACGAAUAAUAACAUUUUCGGAAAGCCACGAGUGGGUCUACUUUGGCCGUGCUCACGGAUGCACCCUCCAGAUGAAAGAUUCGCAAUGAUAAUGCUAGCGGCUUUUUCAUACGGCUAGAAAUAGUACCUAUACAAGGGCAAGAAGAAUCUGCAAAUGACGUGCACUCAUAAAUUGUUUGCACCCGAUGAAGCUUAAUACUUACAUGAAUUACAAUAAACUUGCCCAGCAUUUUUAAACGAAAAAAGAUUCCUCGACAUAACGGUAUAAAACGUCCGUCGUUCCAUCUAUUCUUUUUUUUACGAACAUAGUUCAGGCAAAAAGGACGAGCACCAGAAAUCAGUAAGAUUAGUCAUGAACUGAGCAACUGGGUCUGCUUACGCUGGCACCCCUCCACUGGGUACUAAUAGACUACCGAAAAUGCCACUGAAAAAAAGCCAACUUUUUCAAACUUCAGCCUUUUUAAAAGGGGGGGCAAGGGAGACUUGACGGAGAGCUUGCUUCACAUGUUAACGACAACAUUUGUAAAGAUGCAGAUUAAUUGUUGAGGGUGGUCUCACGAUUGCGUCUUCCCAACAGCAGUUUGCUCCAGCCUCCCUCCCCCUCCCCCCUCACACCAAAAGUGAGUGAGCAACAAAGCUUGUCCAGUCAGACUUGAUUACAGACGAUCGCAGCGAUAAUUCUCGAACGCCUUUGUGGAACGACAUACGGCUAGCCCUAGAUUGGCUAGUAUGAAAACUUGGUUUUGCCACAAGUGACAAACUACCUAGUUCUCGACAAACCUAGCGAAUCUAUGCGUCUCCACCACCGACAAGUGCAGUUUUACCUCCACCUAGUUCUUUCCAAGUUGAAGCCUCAGUAUCGAGAAGCAAAGAAAACCAUGCCCUCUUUGAAGCACGAUAGCUAAGGGCCCAAAUUCAUAAAUCCCAAUCGUUUCUGCAGCAGCCUCUUGAAGUCACUCAGAUCGGUUGAGGCUGCGAGUUGCAAAGUUGUUGGCACAUUUAUGUCAGCAUCGACUGCUUCCCAGACAGUACACGCUUGUUGGCUCGAGAGCAGUGUGCACACAUUCUUUUUGAUACCAUUAAGGACAGGCUGCAGACAUUUCUCAAGGCUCGCAGACUCAAAUGAUCAGAGGUCUUCAACUAUCGUGCAAAGAGUAACAAGCAACUUGGAAAGUGCUACGUAUGACAACUACUGAAAUGACUGUAGGAAGCAAGUGUCCUCACGCUAUUGUAGUAGAGCAUAGCGGUAUACAGUUUGUAUAGAGAUAUUGUUAUUGUAGACAGCCACACGACGACAAAUCGAGUCUUUCACAAGCAAGUAUGUUACUACCAUCCUCCAGGCAUUAACAUAUACAAGUAAAAAAAAUUGCAUCCAGCACAUUCUCUUUGCCAAGACAAAUGCAGCUUAGAAGUAUGGUGUCAAUGUUGCGCAAAACGUUUGUGGGAACCCAGCUGGUGUUCCAAGACUGUUAAUUUUCUCUCGACACCCGUUACGUCUUUACAAAUGUUGACGACACAUUGUUUCGUUUCUCGUAAAUCGGCGUGCGUAUGACUGGCUUGUUUCCGUUGCUUCUGCGUGGCGUAGUUGGGUGCGACGUCAUUUCUGUUUUUUUGGAGUUUGAUAUUGUUGUUUCAUGCUUGUAUAGUAUUUUAAUAGAGUCUACGACGAUGGCACACGUUUCUGCAACCAAUCACGAGCCAAUGUUUUACCGUUUAUCCGUAAAGAGCAAUUGCAAAAAAUCCAUCCAGCUGUCUUAAAAAUGUCUCAGUUGAUGUCUUAGGAGUGCGAUAUGUGCUUUCGUGUUUUGGGUGGCCCGCUUUUUGUGCAUCUUCUUGGUCCAUUGGUUUCGAAGAAUGGCACGGUGCAAUUGGGUGUGACACGAACCUGCAACUUUAGUGCCGCUGCUCCUUCGCUACAAGAAGGGCCGACAGUAUACUAGCAGCUUACUAGGUAGGCCGCACUCUAAAAAGGUGUGCAACAGGAGACGUCAAUGUGGUGUUUCUUACCAACUCUGAGUGUCCAAGAGUAGACUGUGUUUGUGCCAGUAGAAGAAAAAAAAUGGCAAGAGCUUUCUUUUGGUUGCGACGUUAGUCACAGGGGCUGGAUGCAUCGCCAAAGGGUUUGCGAAGGAGCGAUCAACUUUUGUUAGCUGUGCUUCUCCUCGGAGCACAGGAGAGACUUUUAAGGCCGUAACGAAGAAAGAAAAGAGCGCUGAACUUUUUAUCUCUAAGCUGUGUUGAUGUUCUAAUAAUGUUAAGCCGAGGCACCACUCAGACACCUUUUGACGACACCACCCUGACAUGUAACUUUCUUUGAGUCGACAUAACCAUCCUCCUUGGCUUCUUUCCGAGUGGUUGUCGUCGGGUGUUUGACCGUGUCUCCGCUACGACUAGUCUAGCUCAGCAACUAUCCGUUUUAACGGGACCUCUGAAGCUUCCAAUUAGGUACAGUCACUCUUUAAAACUCAUCUCAAGCAUAGUGGUACGCUCCGUCGUUUUAAAACUUAUAGCGAUUUCCAAUAGCUCAGUCGAGGUAAAUAGUUGCAUUCUUCAGAUGGUACGCUAAAUGCAGGCAGGAAAUUUAGGCAAUCUUCUCUUCAAGCUAGACAAUAGGAUGGUGAGGAAAGUGCCAUGUUAACUUUACUUGACAGCACUCAAAUAAUGUUUUUUGCUCUUUUAGUGCAGCCUGUAAACACGUCCUUGUAGAAACUAUAAAUUGUUGUCCAUCAGAAGUGUAUUUACUUCAUAGAUUAAUAAAAAUAUUUACCAUAAAUACA